CAAAAAUGCAGUCACACAUGAACAUCAGAACUUGCCUAACCUAUUUUUUCACUAGCAGUAACCAAGACAUAACAGUAAAACUGUGGGAGGAAAUAGCCACAACACCAAGCCGAUUCGAUAGACCACAAAUAAAUGCAGCAACGACUCCAAGAAUUAUUGCAAUGACAACACUCAAACCUAGAAGCUCAACACGUUGGAUACAACUCCAGUCAACAAAUGCAACGUACGUCUACCUAAACCCAAACACUGUCAAAACUGGAAUCCUCAAAGACAUGUACAAUAACCCAGAAACACAAAACAGUGCAAUGGCUAUGGCAAGCGAAAAUUUGGUCACCAUUUCAUCCCUUCAACAGAUGGAGAACAACGAGCUAACGGUAAAGACAAAUAAAACUUCCAUUUCCUUCAACAAAAAUUUCAAACUAACCCAACUCUCCAUUUAA